GUGUGCGGGGCGGAAGCACCUGGGGGCCCCGGGAGGGCGGUGUCACUUGGAGUGGAGCCCUGCUCGCACGGUCCUCCCGGGGCUGCCGGAGAACCGGGAGCGCGUGGUGGGCCUGUGGCGCCGCGGCGCGCUGCCCGAGGGGCCGGCCUGAACGCACCCUGCUCAGCUUCAGGUGGAAACCCCCCUGGCAGGGGCCGCGUGGCCGGGAGGCUAGGCCGCGAUCUGGGCGCGGGGUGCGCACGGGAUCGGGCAUCCCGCGCCUGGCCGGAACCUCCGCGCAGAACGGCCUGAUCCUGAAAAGAUGGGGCCCCUCUGGGGGCUCUCGCUUGAGCUUAGGCCUUUCCUCGCUGCCCCAACAAGGGCUGCGCGGCUUUUGUCCCGCGAAGUUUAAAUGAAUAACCCUAUACCUUCCAAUUUGAAAUCAGAAGCAAAAAAGGCUGCUAAAAUUCUGAGAGAAUUCACAGAAAUUACUUCCAGAAAUGGACCUGAUAAGAUCAUUCCUGCCCACGUGAUUGCUAAAGCCCAGGGCCUUGCAGUCCUGUCUGUGAUAAAAGCCGGCUUUCUGGUGACUGCCAGAGGAGGCAGUGGGAUCGUGCUGGCGCGGCUCCCAGAUGGAAGAUGGUCUGCACCUUCAGCCAUCGGCAUAGCUGGGCUUGGUGGAGGUUUUGAAAUAGGUGUUGAGGUAUCGGAUUUGGUAAUAAUUUUGAAUUAUGACAGAGCAGUAGAAGCUUUUGCCAAAGGUGGUAACCUGACACUUGGAGGGAAUUUUACUGUGGCAGUUGGACCCUUGGGAAGGAAUCUAGAAGGAAAUGUCGCGCUGAGAAGCUCUGCUGCGGCCUUUACGUACUGCAGGUCAAGAGGGCUCUUCGCUGGCAUCUCUUUAGAGGGCAGCUGUUUGAUUGAAAGGAAAGAAGCUAAUCGGAAAUUUUAUUGCCAAGAUAUUCGAGCUUAUGACAUUUUAUUUGGAGACAUACCACGGCCUGCUCAAGCAGAAGAUCUUUAUGAAAUUCUUGAUUCCUUUACCGAAAAGUAUGAAAGUGAAGCACAGCGAAUCAAUGCAAGAAAAGCAGCUCGGGAACAGAAGAAGGCUUCUGCUAAAGAUUCACCUCCAAACCCACUGAGACCACAGCGGCCAUCUGCACAAGUCCAGCGGAGCUCUGCCUCUCAGAGUAACAGAAAUAAAUUUAAGCUCUACCCUGAACUUUCCAGCUGUCAUGAGAGAGUUGGCAGUUUGAAUCUACCCGUAGAAGUGACAGCACUGUACUCUUUCAAAGGACAACAGCCGGGGGAUCUGAAUUUUCAAGCUGGAGACAGAAUCACAGUUAUAUCACAAACAGAUUCAGAUUUUGAUUGGUGGGAAGGAAAGCUUCAAGGUCAAACUGGCAUUUUUCCAGCCAACUAUGUUACCAUGAAUUAAAGUUAAUAUUAUGUUCUUUGAGAAUUACAGAAAAAAUUAUUUCUACACUGACAGGAUUUCCUAUCCAGUUAAGCAGUGUUUAAGUUUUAAAAUACUUGUUUAUUCCAUAAACUCUUGUCCAGAAUGCAAGAUUUUGUUUUUCUCUCUUCGUAUUAAAUGGGUACCUUAUAUAUGUUUAAAUGCUUUUACUAAUUUUAUCACAUACACUUUUUAAUAGUUAAUAUCUCCCCAUUUAUGUGGUAUUAGGUCUUUUGUGUUCAUUUUCUAUUAUCACUCAAUAUUUGAUUUGGGUGUAUAAAUGGCAACUGUGUAUUUUAACUGGAGAAUCUUAAGGGUUACAGCAUGAAUCCAAUUCUUACACUAUUUGCAAAGUGACUAGAGAAGAAGGAUGAUAAUCCUUAAAAGUUACCUUCAUACCUUCAAAAAUUGCAUAUAUACACUUAUUGUAGAAACAUGCUAUUAGAAAAAAGUUCAACUACAAUGCAUUUUAAAAAGAUGACCUCUGUUAACUUUUCUUCUUUAUAAGGUUAUGUUUGCUCAUUUCUAGCAGUGGAAUCAACUUUUGUUGACAUGGUUCAGUUGUCCCUAAAUAAAUGUUCUUAAAUGCUAA